CUCCGUUUUGCCCCCAGGGAAAUCUCACCCUCUUCAUUUACAGAAACCGACAGGUGUUUGCGUUCUUAUCAAAUCAAAAAAUCACUUCCUCUUGUUGAAAUCCCAUCAUCGAGUCAAAAUGUCUGGCCAAUUGGUUCUAUUUGACAUCCCAGACCGCAACGGCACCUGUUGGUCCCUGAACCCUUGGAAGACCCGACUGGCACUCAACUACAAGGGCAUCAAGUACAAAACCGAAUGGCUCGAGUACCCAGACAUUGAGCCCCGGUUGGCGGCUACUGGCCUGGAGGGUGAUCCCAGCCAGAUCGCCCCGUUCACGUGUCCCACUGUCCGAUUUCCCGACGGGACGUACGUCAUGAACAGCGCCAAGAUCAUCAAGCGCAUCGAGGCCGACUAUCCUGAGCCGUCUCUCCACGCGGACUCGGAGGUUCUCCAGCAGAUGUACGACUUGCUUAGCGAGACCUUUGAUGCCUUGGGUCCCGUGUUCUUGCCCAUCGCGCCUCGAGACAUCCUUAGCAAGGAAAGCGCGGAGUAUUUUUGGGAGACUCGGGCGGUUCGGUUCGGUAUGACUUUGGAUAGGUUGGAGGAGACGCAGGGUGGUGAGCCCGCGUGGGCCAAGGCCAAGGCGUCGUUGGAGAAAACAGCGGCUCUGUUGGACAAGACUGAAGGGCCCUUUUUCCUCGGAGACAAAUUCUCCUACAUCGACUGCGUCUACGUCGGAUUCCUGUUUUUCGCCAAGAGGUUCGGCGAGGACAACUAUCAGCGCAUCAUUCGGCACUCGGAGUCGUUCGAUAAGCUUUACAAAGCUUGCGAGAAAUGGUUGCAGCGAAAGGAUUAAGUAACUGCUAGACCUUGAAAGCUGUAGCAGCAAUAUAGGCUUUGCGAUCGCUUGUCAGAUGUUGAUGAUGUAUCGGUGAACAAUAGGCGCUGCAUGC